AUGGGUUCAGUGUCGGUGCAGAAGCGGUGGCGGAAGGCGUGCGGCGCCAUCAAGGACUCCGCCACCGUGGGGAUCGCCAAGGUGAACAGCGGCGGCGGACGCGAGCGCAAGGACCUCGACGUCGCCGUGGUCAAGGCCACCACCCACGUCGAGCGACCGCCCAAGGAGCGUCACGUCGCCGCGAUCUUCGCCGCCACGUCCUCCUCCCGCCCGCUCACCGACGUCUCCUACUGCGUCCAUGCGCUCGCCAAGCGCCUCUCCAAGACGCGUAACUGGGUGGUCGCUCUGAAGACGCUGAUCGUGAUCCACAGGACGCUGCGCGAAGGCGACGCGGCGUUCAGGGAGGAGCUGCUCGGCUACCGGCGCAACGGCCACGCCCUGCGGAUGUCCAACUUCAAGGACGACUCCAGCCCACAAGCAUGGGACUGCUCUGCGUGGGUGCGCACGUACGCGCUGUAUCUCGAGGAGCGGCUUGAGUGCUUCAGAGUCCUCAGAUACGACAUCGAGUCCGAGCGACUGAGACCUGCAGAGGGAGACCCCAGGGGGCAGAGCAGAACAAGGACCUUAGGCCAGGACGAUCUCUUGGAGCAGCUUCCUGCACUGCAGCAGCUGCUCUUCCGGCUUGUCAGCUGUCAGGUGUUGAAGGAAAGCUUCAAGGUCUACUGUGCACUCAAUGACGGGAUCAUUAACCUUGUGGAUUUGUUCUUUGAUAUGACAAAACUUGAUGCUAUCAAAGCUCUGGACAUCUAUAGAAGGACAGGAAAUCUGCCACCACCAUCAUUUCUUGGAACAAUGGAGGAGUACAUCAGAGAAGACCCUAGAACUGCACCUCUUCCAAAUGAGACCAUAGAGUACCAGCAGCUAGAUUUCGUAAUUCGUUACGAAAAAGAACAAACCCCUGAACUGACGUUCGAGGCGUUUGAAGAACCUGUUGCAGAGGAAGCUCCUCCUGAGCAUGAAGAACCUGCUCAGUUUGCAGAUGAUGACAGCGACGAUGAGCCUGAAACUCCGACUGCUACUGCCGAUUUGCUGGGCCUGCAUGAAGUAAACCCUGCUGCUGCUGCACUUGAAGAGAGCAAUGCACUGGCUCUUGCCAUAGUACCACCAGGCAAGCUUCAAGCACCAUUUUCCGCACCUGAUUGCUGUGGUUCCAGCAACGCGUCUGCAAUCGGUUUGAGUGAGAUAACAGGAUCGUCAGGCUGGGAGCUAGCUCUGGUCACAGCCCAGCCCAGCAGCAGCAACCAGCUGGCAGAGAGCAAGCUGGCUGGGGGCUUCGACAGGCUUCUGCUGGAUAGCUUGUACGAGGACGGCGCAAGGAGGCAGCAGCAGGCAACCAUGAAUGCCGCCUAUGGAAAUGGGCACGCCUCUGAUCAGCAGAACGAUCCGUUCGCGAUGUCCAACGGCGUGGCGCCGCCGACCGGCGUGCAGAUGUCGAUGAUAGCGCGGCAGCAGCAAGCCAUGUUUGGGAUGCCGCAGCAGUUACAGUUUCAGCCUCAGUAUGGCGCCGCCGCUGUGUCUCAGUUCAACCCUUUCGGCGACGCCUACUCCGUUGCACUGUCAUCCCAGGGUGCCCCUCUGCAUGGGAGCGGCGGCAGCUUGAUCUGA